CCAAUCGCACUGGUUGUUACUUUGAGGUAGAAUGUUCAGAGGCGUAAUGGAUUGGGACGUUGUUGGCGUGUGACCGGUUUGCUUGUCCCCAGUCAUAACUUCAACGUUUCUGAAAGUUUUUUUCAUCUGCGAUUUUGCUCCCUGUUUCCUUUUUGUUUCUUUUUAAUUAGUGCUGACAGCAUGGGAGGUAGUGGGAGUACAAAACGCGUCUCCUUCGAAGCAGAUGAAAAUGAUCAGAUCACUGUGGUGAAGGGCGUUAGGCUGUCUGACAGUGUUAUCAGCCGUAUGCGGGAUGCUUCUUCGCCAGCUGAAAAACCCCAGGCGUCAUCUGCAGGGCCGCCGUCUACUGGAACUUGUCCACCUCCUCCAGUCCAAACAAAAGUUACUGAUGAGGAGGUCAGAAAACGAAUGUCUGAAGAGCUGGCACAAGAAUCGACCAGACAAGAUUUGAAACUACAAAAGAGGCUCGAACAUGAUAAACAGUACGUUCAUGAUGAGAUUAGCAAGAUUCUUCAACGUGAACGAGAUACAGCAAGCGAUAAUCUUAUAAAAGCUAUUUUGCGAGAGAGAGCACUGACUGAAGAGGAACAAGCGAAAGCUAAGCAUGCUGCUAAACAGUUGGAGGAAAAGGAGAAAGAGUUGCAAAAGCUCAAUGCCUAUUACAAGGAGCAAGUGACCAGACUUGAAGAAAGGAGUGCCCAAUUCUACAAGCUGACUGCUGAGCAAUAUCAGAAGGCUGUUAGUGAAGUGGAGACCAAGUUCAAGAAGUACGAUUCGCAACCCAUCUGUGCUGAACUCCAAGGGGAAGUCCUCCGCUGCUAUCAGAAGAACCCACAGCAGACUCUCAGCUGUUCUGCAUUGGCUAAGCAGUACAUUCACUGUAUUAACUAUGCUAAACAAAACCUGCUGAGCAAAGGAGGUUAACACAACCCACCAUCACAUCAAAAAGCCCUCAUCAUCAACUUCAACAGCAGAAUGUCUUUCAGGAGCACUCGAGGAAGCUCAGCAAAGUAUCGGGACAAUAUGGGAAAGAAGAAACAAAAGGCUGUUGUCACCACGGCAACAGCAACAGCAAGCACCUUAAUUUAAUCAGUGGGGAUAUGUUCAGCAGGGUUGUGAAUGUCUUGACAACCUGUCAUGCUUGUAGUCCCACCAUGAAAAUGUUCAGCUUUUCUCUAAUUGUUCUGACCUGUGACAUUAAAUGAAAUAUCUCUGUUUAGUUUUGUAUGAGGCCUUUAAAACAUUCUAACAAUAAUGCAAUUAAAUCUAUCUUUGAAAGAUCAAACUGCAAA